CCAGCAGCUUGCGUACUACUCCUCACUCCUCCUCCUCCUCUCUCUCUCUCCUCCUCCUCCUCAUCCUUCCUCCUUUUGCCAUAUCCACCCACCCAUCCACCCACCAGCCCACCCUCUCCCUGCCUCUCUCUUACACACACAUACACACAUACACUCAAUCACGAACGCACAAGGAUUGCAGCAACAGCAGCAGCAGCACCGCGAGAUGGAGAUCUCCCCUGCAUGUGUGAGUGCCUAUUCCCGCUGUCACCGCACCGGCUGCCUCUCACUCUGUCCUCCCGCAGCCUGUGAGAGCUGCUCCAGUGGCUGGAUGGUCCCCUGGCGCCCGCUGAAUACAUGGAUGAACACCGGCUCUACAGGGGAUCUGCGCUUUCUUGUCCUUUGCACCUCUGAUCUGUUUCUCAAGGAAAUAUGGUGAGCAAAGAGGACACCAAAAGCAUUGUUCUCUCAAAUUCCGACGAUUCAGAUUCAGACACAGAACCAUCACACAGUCUUGACACACAGUCUGGACAAGAUUCAGGCAAGCAGCAGGUGAAAAAGAGAAACAAGGCUUUACAAGUGCGUUUUAAGGAUAUCUGUGAAGCUCAGAAUGAGUUUCGGGGCAGACGCUCCCGGUCCAUUUCAAGUAAAGUGACACACAGAAAAUACAUGACCAUGCCUGCAAGACGCUCCAUUCCAAACGUCACCAAGAGUACUGGUGUCCAGACGUCACCGGACCUCACUAAGAGAUACAAGACUUUUCCUUUUGAGAGGAAAAAAGGACAUACUUUCAAACAUACUGCUUUGGUGGAAGAUUACAAAGGACAGAAUAAUGGUUUUUUGAGUGAUAUAAAGACAGGAGGAGAGGACAGACAGCCUGUUGGGGAGUCCUCUAAGUGCAAGGGAAAGAUUGUGGGGCAGACAAAAGCACUGCUUCACCACACUGAUGACAGCAGUGAUACAGAGGAUUUGCUUUCUAGUGCCAACUGUGUGGAUGGACCCUCUUGUCCAGACUCUUCGCAUUUCUCAGAGGAGUGCCAUCCAUGCAGCCCUCCUUCCAAAAGAGAACCGGAGUACCAGGUUUGUGGGACACGGACCAAACACAAAGGAUUAUCCAAAGAAGACAUGGAUGCUAGCACGUCCUCAAAACGUCAGCUGGCUAACUCAGAGUUUUCACAGGACAAGUCAAGAGGAACGGGCCCCGUUGCGUGGAACUCUUUAACGCAGGUGGACUCUUUAGGAAGCCCGUCUUUGAGCUGUAAACGGAAAAAGGGUACACAGCUAAAUGAGCAGCAGUCACAGACACUUCCCCAUAGUGCCAAAUGUUCUGUACAGUCACAAGGGCAAUGUCGGACAAGGCAUGUGUCAGCCUCCUCUAAACUCCAGCAAACAGUUGGGGGGGAUGAGGGCUUUCCUCCAAGAGACAAGGUAGCCCGAGGCAUGGGGAGCAGCCAGCAGAUAAUGCCCUUAUCUGGAGACAAGGAUAUCAAAGCACAGCUGCAGGCCAUGGAGAGCCUCAUAAACUCAAGCCAGGAGACCAUCAAGGUCCUACUCGGCGUUAUUCAGGAGCUGGAGAAAGGUGAAGCACACAGAGAGGGGCUCUCCUACCGAACAGGUCAAGACACAGCAAAUUGUGACACUUGUCGAAACAGCGCAUGCAUCAUUUACAGUGUUGAGCUGGACUUCAAGCUACAGGAGGAUAAGCUACAGCCCCUCAUGAAGAGACUUUACCCCCUGGACAGCCGACAAUGCCCUGCUCUGCCUUACUCCAAUGAAGUGUUCACAUCCACCCCCAAACGCAAGUCCAAGACUGAGUCCAAAAAGCAUGCUCGUUGGAAACUCUGGUUCCUUUGAAUCAAACAUCACAGCUCUGGAAAAAGCUAUUUUGUUGGGCGUUUUAAUACCCAGUUAUCCUCCCGGAAAAAAAGUGGAUGAAGGAGUAUUCAGAGGGAGCAUUUAAGAUAAGAGAAUGGAUGACAACGGAAAUCAGUUCAUAUGGGGUUCUAAAUUGAGACUGCAAGACGGGAAAGCAAAAACAAAAAUAAAAUAAAAAACAUUUAAAAUUCUGUCAAACCUUUUUCUGGCAUAUUUCGCUGAAGAGGAUUGACACACACCUGCAGAAACUAGAGCAUAUUGCUUGGCAACAAGAGGAGGCGCCAUGUGGAGGGCCGUUUAUGACUGAAGCUAUAAUCUUUGAAUGGACAUCAGCCCUACCUGCGGCAAAGCACAAACAUUUGACUUUUGAGAGACACAUGCUUAAAAAGACCGAAACCACAGUAGAGUACAUUGCAGUGUGUCAGCGCUGUUCUUAUAACCUCGUCUAUUCUCUCCUCUUCCUCCUUAUCUCUUAACAUCCUGCUCAGUUUGUCUGUGAGACUGAACGUCUGCCUGCCUUUGUUAAUAACCCCCGUCUCCUCCCUCUCUUUGUAACUCUUUCCCUUUAUCUCUCUCUUUCUCUCUCUCUCUCUCUCUCUCCAUUUAGCUCACUGUGCAAGCGACCAACUAGCCAGCCAACUUUGCCUCAGCCGUCCUGUCGUUUUCCGUUGGCUACACACUGACACAUCAUGUUCAGAAUCUAUAUUUUAAAGUAUCUUCAUCAUUAGCAAAGAAAGAUGAAAUGAACAUUUAAAAAAAAAACGUGUUUGAGUUCCCUCCUCUUGAAGCAGGUACAAUUAUUGAAAUGGAUUGCUCUGGGCUAAGUCCGACUUUUUU